AUGUUCUUUUCUUUCUUUCUUUCUUUCUUUCUUUCUUUCCUUCUUUCUUUCUUUCUUUCUUUAAUUCUCUCUUUUUCUCUUUCUAUUUACAACACUUUUCUUUCUUUUUCGUUCUUUUUUAUUAACUUUUUCUCUCGUUCAUCUUUUUUCUUUCUUUCUUUCUUAUUAUUCAUUUUGUUUUUCUUUCUUUCGCAUUGUAUAAUUCGUUUUUUCUUCUUUUCAUUAAUUAUUAUUUUCUUUGAUUCUAUCUAUCUAUCUAUCUAUCUAUCAAAUUUUAGUGCAUAUUUGCUUCCUUUUUAUAUUUAUUUACACCUUUCUUUUUCUUUCUUUCUUUCUUUCUUUCUUUCUUUCUUUCUUUCUUUCUUUGGUUUAAUUCUUUUCCUAUCUAUCUAUCUAUCUAUCUAUCUAUCUAUCUAUCUAUCUAUCUCAUUUCACCAUCCAUUUCCUUCCCCUUCUUGUUUUUUUUACCAUCCAUUUCCUUCCCUUCUUUCUUUUUUUUUUUCUUUCUUUCUUUCUUUCUUUCUUUCUUUCUUUCUUUCUUUCUUUUGUAUAUAUUAUACCUACAUUGACUAUUUUCUUACUUCCUACCACCACUGA